CGAUGAGUGUUCUGCAGUAUACAAUCGCUUUUCAUCAAAGUUUUUAUCGUCAAGUUCUUUCCAUGCGAACCAUGAUUUAAUAACUCACCUCUCACGAAUCAUGGCGAGCAAAUUGAAACUCUAUAUUGGGCGUAGGAUAUUAGAUUGUAUUGGAAAGAACAUUACAGUGACAUCGUUACAAUUAAAGCCAAUUAUUCAAGUUCAAAGUACAAAUUCCAAUGGAGUUGUUGAGUUGGCAGUUCCUCUUGAUCAACUGGAAGGAAUGAUUGGUCCUGCAAAUUUACAACUUCUCAAUUCUAAUAUAAAACCUGAUGAUAUUAUAGAGAACAUUGCGACUAUUAGCGAUCAACGAAAAGGACACAAGAACAUUACUUUUAAAAUAAAUAAAAACAUAUUUGUCAAAGAGAUCGUAGAGCAUUGCAUUCAGCCCGAUGUAGCAACAGAGAAGCAAAAUAUUGUUGUGGAAUUUAGUUCGCCGAACGUGGCUAAACCCUUCCAUGUGGGGCAUUUAAGAUCAACUAUUAUCGGCAAUUUUAUUGCUAAUCUAUAUGAACAUAGAAAACAUAAUGUAGUAAGGCUUAAUUAUUUAGGCGAUUGGGGCACACAAUUUGGUUUUAUAAAAGUAGGAAUAGAAGAAUUGAAGCAUAAGGUUGAAGAAAUUCAGAAGAAUCCGCUCAAAAUAUUAUUUGAAUCCUAUGUAUUUGCUAAUAAACUAGGUGAAAAGGAUCCCAGUAUUUUGGAGCGCGCAAAGCAAGCGUUCAAUAGAUUAGAAGCAGGCUCAAAGGAGGACCUUGAUAACUGGAAGAUGUGCAUGCAAUAUACAACCAAAGAAUUAGAUUCAAUGUAUCAAAGACUUGGUGUCAAAUUUAAUGAGUAUAACUAUGAAUCAAUGUAUAGUGCAGCAGACAUUAAGAACGUGCUGAAAGAACUUGAUGCGAAUAAAAUUUUGAUGACGCUUGAGGAUGGAAAACGAGUGGCGAACGUUAAUGAUAGAAAAGUCUCAGUUGUAAAAUCGGAUGGCUCGACUUUGUAUUUAACAAGAGAUAUUGCUGCAGCCAUUGAUAGACAAAAGAAGUUCUCAUUUGAUAAAAUGAUCUACGUGGUAGACAAUGCACAAACGGACCAUUUUGUGGCGUUGAAGGGUAUUCUUGGGCAAAUGAAGAUAAAUUGGGUAGACAGGUUACAGCAUGUUAAGUUUGGAAGAAUAAGGGGAAUGAGCACGCGGAAGGGAAAUGUAGUAUUUCUCAAAGAUAUUUUAGAUGAAACUCGAGAGUUGACGAUGCAAAGACAGCUAAAAUCACUGACAACAAAAGCAUCCAUAACGGACUCUAAAACAUCGGACAUUUUGGGAAUUUCAUGUGUUAUCAUCAACGAUUUAAAGCAACGCCGACAGAGAGACUACGACUUUUCCUGGGAUAAAGCACUGCAGGUUCAAGGAGACAGUGGCAUAAAACUGCAAUACACUCAUUGCAGACUGUGCAAUUUAGAGAAAAACUGUGGCAUUUUACCAGCUAGCAUUUGCAAACCGGAAAUGAUUCUGGAACCAGAGGCAUUGCGGUUAAUCGGCCAUCUUGCUAAAUAUCCUGAUAUUCUUUCGCAAACGGAAGAACAACUUGAAGCAUGUAUACUAGUAACUUAUUUAUUUCACUUAUGCAAUCAUAUCAGUAAAGCCCUAAAAGUACUCAACGUAAAAGAUCAAGAGGCUGUACUGGCAUCACAAAGGCUGUUGUUGUUUAAGAACGCCCGAGAAGUACUGCGACAAGGUAUGACCAUUUUGGGGCUUCAGCCAUUGAAGGAAAUGUAGUGAACGAAAAUAAAAUAGUCAUUACUUUAA